CUUCGUCGAGACAACGGGCUUACGAGAACGCUUACGAGAACGCUUUCGAGACGUUUCGGGAAAGAUUCGUCGAGUCGGUAAUUUAUGCGUUUCCUACGUUUCGUCGUCGGAAACGCGUAUCGGCUUCGAAUCGUCCGCGAGAUCGACGCGUCUAAUUCGCGUACAUAUUUGUUUUGACUUUGCGCGUUGCAAUCAAAUAUGCCCCGUUCGAUAACGACUAAUCCGUUUCGGGAUCAAGAUUGAUUACCUUUCGUAGGACUGCCGUGAUAUCCAAUCUCGACGGCACCCGAGCGGAUCGACGGACUUCUUCAUUACGUCGUGCGAUCGAUCCGACGCAGCUCGCAGCGAUGAAGAAGGUUUACUUGGCCGCCGUUACCAGUAAGUCGAUUCGAACACGUCGCCGUCGUAGCGCGUGCACGCGUACGUGCGCGCGUAUAUCGUCGAGGGCGGACGAGCAACGAGAUUUUGGAAAACUUUGAAAGACCGAAACGGAAAGCUAGCCCCCUUCUUCCGUAUCGUCCGUUCUCUUCGCGAAGCUUCGUUUCAUUUUUCCGCUCUACCCCCGUAUAACUCGCGCAACCCGCGGUCGCGCGUUUCCGGACGUUGGAUUUUGUUGCGUCGCAACGGGGAAUUCCACUCGCGGAUCGUAUUUCUCGCUUUUUCUUUUUGCCAACGAUUAAACGGGAACGUGGUUCGGAUCCGUCGGCGCGAGAUACACCGUCGUCCGAUCCGACGAUAUUUAAACGAGCGUUACACCGGUACCCCGUGUCGCCGCGACGCCGUUUCCCUACCCGUUCGAUGGCAUCGUCGGCUAUACGCGUAUCGUCGGAUCGGUCUCGCGCGACCAUCGCCUGGACCAGUCUCUGGACUCUGCCACCGCCGUUGUUACCAUCGUUCGAGAUUCUCGAAUACGUAAAACGAUUUGAAGAAAAAUCCGCGAACACACCGUUCCCAAGACAGCGAACAGCUGUCGCGCGAUGCAACCGCAUUCAACGUCGCUCGAUGUUUCGAACGCGAAGAGAAUCGCGUUUCGUCCCUUUCCGUUUUACUUUCCUCGAACUUCCCGACGCCGCGAAUAAAUUACGCCGUUUCCGCGUAAGACCGUUUCGACGUAAUUUCUCCUCCGGUUCUCCGGGGAAAACGUACGUUGGAACGUGUUUCGAUUUCGAAACGAAACAUUCGUUUUUCAACCGGCGAGUUUCGAUAAAAUUCUGUAAAAUCGAAUCGUCAGGUUGUUUGGGCAUGAUGUCCUACGGCCAAAUUCUCGGAUGGGCGUCGCCGUCUCUGCCCCGUCUGCUGGCGCCCGACAGUCCCGUGCCGCUGACGCAGCAACAGGCCACAUGGGUCACGUCCUGUCAAAUGUUGGGUGCGAUCGGGGGCUCGUUGCUGUGCCCUUGUCUCGUCAAUACCGCGAUCGGCAGAAAGUGGACCAUGCUUCUUUCGGCGGUGCCGGCCAUCGUGUCCUGGCUGAUGAUCGCUUUCGCCACUUCCGCCUGGGAACUGUACGUCGCAAGAAUCGUCGCCGGAUUGAGCACCGGUUCCGGCUACGUGUCCUGCAUAAUGUACACCGGCGAGAUCUCGCCUGCUCGCAUCAGGGGCAUUUUAACGUCGGCGUUGACGGUGGCGGCCAAGUUCGGCUUGUUCCUCGAAUGGACGAUAGGCUCGUUUCUGUCGGUGAGGGAUCUCGCCCUCGCGUCCGCGUCCUUGCCGAUUCUGUUCGCGUUGGCCGCAAUCCGGUUGCCGGAGUCGCCCUACCAUUCGAUGCGCCGGGGAAAGCGCGAACGAGCUAUCCGAACCCUGGCGCGAUUGAGAGGGACCGCCGACGUCGCCGAGGAGGUCGAACGCAUGGAGAAGUCCGUAAAAAUGGACCUGGCGAACGACACCGGGCCGAGGGAGUUGGUCGCGGUGCCCGGGAAUCGCAAAGCCCUGACGGUGGUGGUGUUCCUGUUGCUGAUCCAGCAGUGGAGCGGCAGCAUGGCGGUCCUGUCCUACGCUCAGUUGAUCUUCAACGCGACCGGUAACAGCUUCGAGGGCAAAUACGUGACGAUGAUAGUGGGCGCGGUGCAGACGGUCUGCGCCGGUCUCAGCACCGCGAUCGUCGACAGUUUCGGCAGACGCGCUCUUCUGAUGGCCUCCGCCCUCGGCACCGGCGCGUCGACCGCCCUCGUCGGCGCGUUCUUCUUUCUCCAGCGGACGGGAGCGGACGUGACCGACCUGGUCUGGUUGCCAGCGAUCGGCGUGAUCCUUUACAUAGUCGCGUACGCCGUGGGGCUGGCGGGGCUACCAUUCACCAUGAUCAGCGAAGUGUUCCCGACGAACGUGAAGGCGCUCGGCAGCACGAUCGCGAUGAUGUGCCUGAACGCGUUCGCGUUCUCGGUCACGUCGCUCUAUUCGAGCAUAGACGAGGCCUGGGGCAAGCACACCGCCUUCUGGAUCUACGCGGCCGUCAGUUUCGUCGGCACGGUUUUCGUCUACUGCUACGUGCCCGAAACCCGCAAGAAAACGCUGCAAGAGGUGCAGGAUCAGUUGCACGGACGGAAAAUCUUUUAGCCUUUAGCCUUUAGCCUUUAGCUUUCAACCAUCGACGCGUUCUCAACGAAUCGAGAAGGAACGGGAUCGGGGGACGUCGAUCGGCCGGAGACCGGAGAGGGACACGCGCGUCUGGAGCAGGCGGGAGACGAUCGGAUUCGGCUCGGCUAGAAAACCACAUAAAUUAUUUAUUGAAAACUUUUAAA